AUGCGGUUCAUGGUCACUGGAAAAGAUAAGCUAGAUCGCGUGGUUGAGCGUCAGAGUCCAGGGGGACUGACCUUAAUGAAGGAGAUGAGGAAAGAGAAUAUGGACCGAGAAGAGGGAAUGGAUCUAGCUUUCAGGAAUAUCAUGGGUGACUUAUCCGUAGUUCAAAGUAUUGCCGCGACCUGUUGGCGGAUGUUCGAGAGCUGGAUGGUAUCAGGUAUGUGA